AUGCCUGUCGGCGAAGACUCAGUCAUCCAGGCCACCACCCUGGACCGCGCCUUCCUGGAUGGCUCUGGAGACCCGGAGCGCAAGCAUCCAGAGGCCCAUGUAACCCAGCCGCCAGCCUACCUCCUCUCCGAGGGCAAGGCAACCCUCCAGUCGAGCUACCUUGGCAGCGACAGAGAUGACUUCCCCACCGAGGAGCAGAUGCGCACGCUGCGCCGUGUUCCCCAGAAGAUCCCCUUGAAGAUCUUCACCAUUGCCUUCGUCGAGCUCUGUGAGCGCAUGUCCUACUACGGUACCAUUGUCGUCUACUCCAACUUCAUCAACAAGGGCCGCGUGGACGCCGACGGCAACCCCACCGCUACCUCCACUGGUGCCGCCAUCAACCCCAGCAGCGAUGACGCUCAGCCUGGUGCCCUUGGCUUGGGCAAGCAAAUCGCCUUCUCUCUGACCACCUUCAACUCGUUCUGGGUCUACGUCGUUCCUCUCUUCGGUGCAUGGAUUGCCGACAAGUACCUCGGUCGUUACAAGACCAUCUUCUACUCGGUCCUCGUUGCUGAAAUCGGCCACACCAUCCUCGUCGUCUCUGCUGCCCCCUCUGUUCUCGACAAGCCCCACGCUUCGCUCGGCGUCUUCAUUCUCGGUCUGCUCAUCACUGGCUUCGGAACGGGUACCUUCAAGCCCAACAUUUCCCCGCUCAUCAUGGAGCAGAUGCCCGAUGACCCACUCCGCGUCGAGGAGCAGAAGGGCGAGCUUGUCAUUGUUGACCCCGCCGUCACCGCCACCCGCAUCUACAACUGGUUCUACUGGUUCAUCAACUGGGGUGCCUUGGCUGGUCAGCUCGGCAUGGUCUUCGCUGAACGUUACGUCGGUUUCUACUGUGCUUUCUUGAUCCCCCUCCUCUUCUUCCUCAUCAGCGUCCCCGUCUUGAUCUUCUGCAAGAAGUUCUACCGCCUCACGCCUCCUAGUGGCAGCGUGCUUGGUCCCGCUGUGAAGCUUUUCGUGGCGGCUCUCGGACACGGAGUUACCGCCAACCCUAUCCAGACAAUUAAGAACUGGAAGAAAGGCGACGGAUGGGAGAAGGUCAAGCCCUCCGCUCUCGGCGCGAACAAGCCCAGCUGGUACACAUUCGAUGACGCCUGGGUUGACGAAGUCCGCCGUGGUUUCGGCGCCUGUGGUGUUUUCAUGUGGGUCCCCAUCUACUGGCUUGCCUACCGCCAGAUGGACAACAACUUGACGGCCAUGUGCGCUACAAUGGCUCUGCACGGAACGCCCAACGAUCUGCUCCAGAAUAUGGACCCCAUCACGCUCAUCGUUCUCGUCCCGAUCUUCGACUUGUUCAUCUACCCCUUCCUGCGCAAGCACAAGAUCAACUUCUCUCCCAUCAAGAAGAUCACCGCCGGCUUCCUCUUCGGUGGCCUCGCCAUGUUGUGGGCGACCGUCCUCCAGCACUACGUGUACAAGACGUCGGGCUACUACGAGACCCAAGACCCCGACUACAAGUCGCCCAUCAACGUCUGGGCCGUCACCGGAAUCUACGUGCUCGUCGCCAUCUCGGAGAUCUUCGCCUCCGUCACCACGCUGGAGUACGCCUACACCAAGGCCCCCAAGAACAUGCGGUCCCUCGUCAUGAGCGUCCAGUGCUUCACAACCGCCUUCUCCGCCGCGCUCGCCCAGGCCUUCACCCCGCUGACCAACGACCCGCACCUCGUCUGGAACUACGGCGCCGUCACCAUCAUCUCCUUCGUCGUCGGAAUCCUCUUCUACAUCGCUUACUACAAGACGGACCAGCGCGAGAGCGAGCUCAACCAGCUGCCCACGGGCCACUUCGGCACCGCCAAGCAGGCCGAGGACGUCGAGCGGCACCUCAGCGUCGCGGCGGAGAGGCGCGCGAGCGUCAACGACGAGAAGAAGAUCUCGUCUGAGCCUGUGCCUGUCGCGGAGAAGAUCUGA